CUCUCAAUUUGCUGUGGUUAGUGCCGUUUUGACGAACGUCCGUUUCGUUCGAAUAAAAUGUAGUUCGCCAGACGGUGCGCGUUAUUAUUCUAUCGUAUUUUAUUAUCUUAUCGAUUUGUUUUUUUUUUUUUUUUUUACAACUCUACUACAUAAUACACACCAUUCCGUAAAAUUAUUUAAUAAUUUUAAUUUGAUCAACCUUGAAUUACGUGUACAAUAAAGUCCACGCAAUUGAGUAAGUCGCGUUCGUGUGAUUGUGUACUGUGCAGGAGGUAGCUAUAAACUUGCGAUUUAUACCUACUUAAAGGUGUAAUAUAAAAAAAUUGUCUGUCGAUAAAUUCUAAUUCAUUUCGAACGUUACUACGUUAGUGCAUUUGCAAGAGUAUACUAUUUCAAAUCUGUAUCAAUAAGUCACAAUGGGUAUUCUUGAAGAGCUUAGUGUUUCUUCAGUGUUAGUUGGACUUGGGAUUGUUGUAACUACUGGUUUUGCUAUAUCAGCAUUUGUAGCCAAUUUCCAAAAGAAAAGCCAAAAAAAAAGAACAUUAGUGGAUUCAAAUACAAAGAUUCCAUUGCCACUUAUUCAAAAACAUAUUAUUAGUCACGACACACGGAGAUUUAGAUUUGAAUUGCCAUCCAAAAAUCAUAUUCUUGGUUUACCAAUAGGGCAACAUAUACAUUUAUCAGCGAGAAUAAAUGAGGAAUUAGUUGCCCGUGCAUACACACCAGUCAGUAGUGACAAUGAUGUUGGAUAUAUGGAUUUGGUUAUUAAAGUUUAUUUCAGAGACCAAAAUCCUAAGUUCCCUGAUGGUGGUAAAUUAACUCAAUAUCUUGAAAAAAUGGAAAUUGGAGACACAAUUGAUGUUCGUGGACCUUCUGGUCGUCUCAUAUAUCAUGGUCGUGGAGAUUUUGAAAUUAAAGCUGUUAAAAGAAUAGAUCCUUCUCAUAACCUUUACGCUAAAAAGAUAUCAAUGAUUGCUGGUGGUACUGGUAUUACACCAAUGUUGCAGUUGAUUAGACAAGUCACUAGAGAUCCUAAAGAUGAAACCAAAUUGUCAUUACUCUUUGCCAAUCAGACUGAAGAAGAUAUAUUACUAAGAGAUGAAUUAGAAGAAGCUGUUAAAAGUCAUCCAGAUCGAAUCAAAGUCUGGUAUACAGUUGAUAGACCUACUGAUGGAUGGAAGUAUAGUGUUGGAUUUAUAUCAUCUGACAUGAUAUCAGAACAUCUAUAUCCACCAGCUCAAGAUACAUUGGUAUUGAUGUGUGGACCUCCUCCAAUGAUAAAUUUUGCAUGUAUUCCAAAUCUUGACAAACUUGGAUAUGAUGCUAAGUUAAGAUUUUCUUAUUAAAAAAAAAAAAAAAAAUGUUUUUCAUAUAUAUUAGACCGUCCGUAUCAGUUUCGAGUUGUAUUUGUUGAUUCACAUUUUGUAAUAGAUUUUGAUCAUUGAAUGGGUAUUUGGUAUUUAAUAAACAUUUAAACCCUUUUAUAAUGUUGCUAAUGAAUUGGUGUUAGCACUUAAUUUAUGUACAAAUUGUUUAAUCUAGCUAAGCAUAAUACAAUAUAUUUAUAUAAUAUUUCUUCAAUAUAUCUAUUUUAGAAUGUAUUCCAAAACAUAAACAUUUUAAAGUCCUGUUUUGGUUUACACCAAAAGUGUAUAUAUUCUUAUAUUCUAUAUUGUAUGUGAUGUGUUGUAAUAAAGUGUUUCAUUUUGAGUAUUGAA